GUACUUAACAGAUCUGUGGAACUGUAAACGCAACGCAAAAACAAGCCCAGAAGUUCAGAAACUCAAAUCAAAAGUCACACUACGAGGUUAUAUCUAUUGAAAGUAUGCUGUCUCUUUUGAAAACGAGUCGAAUUGGCAUUCGGGGAACGUUAUGGCGGUCAUGUAUAAGAAAUACCUAUAACUUUUCAGAAUUUUUAGCAGUGUGCAACAAGACACACGACAGGCGACGUCCAUGUAUCACCCCUGCACGACUUUGCUCAGGAAAGCGCUACAACGUUCCCCCGAGCGCCGAAUUUGUAGCGAGGGUCUCUGGAAUUGCUACAAUGGGCAAGUUACCUUACCAAGAGACCGCAGAUGGACUUGAUGCAGCAUUUGUUGGUGUUCCAAUCGAUACUGGUACUUCCAACCGACCUGGGACAAGGUAGCCUACUUCUGCAAAGCCUGAUCUAUGCAAAUACUGUGCGGUACAAUAUUGUACUCGUACGAGCAUAGCAGGCUAUACUUUGUAAGCAUUUGCAGAAUAAUUUAUUUGAAAUCCAUUUCGCACAUUUGCAGUAGAUGUUCAUUUUUACCUUUUAUAUUCUAUAAAUUGAGUCAUAUUUGUAGUAUAAUGUACACAUUUAAUUUAUGAAUUAAAUCUAGUGAUUGUUCAGUUGAGAGAAUGUGUCAAACUAAUUCUGCUUGUUACAACCAAUGUUAUUUAAAAGUAGGACAAUGCAUGGUCCUUUACAGAUUUGGCCCCCGUCAGAUCAGAGCAGAGUCGGCCAUGUUGAGGGCCUACAACAGUGGCACCCGGGCAGCCCCCUAUGAGUCUCUGAUGGUGGCUGAUAUUGGGGACGUCAACGUCAAUGUGUAUGACCUAAAGGACACCUGCAGACGAAUCCGGGAGGCCUACCGUACAAUCCUGGCCACGGGCUGUAUCCCCCUUACUAUGGGUGAGGAGGAGGACCACUUUCUGCACUAUGCAAUCUGAGAUGUGAGGAAAGUGAUUUUGGACAUUAUAGCAAAGGCCUACUAACUACAGUUCAGCAGUGAUCGCUAUUCCUUUCAGAUGUGCCUCAAAACAACACCUGCUUCUUCUUCUCUCCUCGUCACACAUUUAGGCUAAUGUUGAAUGAUUAAUCUUUGCCCUGCUUAUGAACCUUCCUGACAAUUUUUAUACAAAGGUUACUGUUACAAGGUUUUGGCAUGACACACUAAAGUUCUAUUUGGUGUAUGUUUAACUGGAUAGGCUACAUUUUAUUCGGUCUUUUAACAGGUGGUGAUCACACCAUAGCAUACCCUAUUCUCCAAGCAGUUGCUGAGAAGUAAGUGAUGUACCAGUAGGCCUACAUUUGUCAAAUGCUAGAAUAACGAAUACUUUCAGUGGCAGUUUCCUGGACAGAUUAAAGGACAGGUUCGCUUAAAAAAAAAAAAAAAACUAUAGUUUUGAUGUAGAUGGCAUGUUAUAGAAUUGUCCAGAUACUUUUUUUGCGAUUUCACUUGGUUUUGAGAAAUGUACCCCACAAUGCUCGUUCCUCAUGCUCGUUCUGCACUAUCGGUGUGCGAGCAUGCAAGUGUUUUCUAGUCCCCAUUGUGCUGAUAGAAAGUACGUGCAUGGUCGCACACGGAAUACUAUCGCUCAAGUCCAACAUAAUGGAAUGUACAUUUGCUCAAUGACACAAUUUGUACAACAUCUAAAGACCUGCAUCGCUAUACUGAGAGCUUUUCCGUUUCUAAAAUGACAUAUUUGGGUGUUUCUGGAGCCUUUGUUCAUGUUUCGUCACUGCCCCGAUACUGCAGAAUUAAGCUGAGGUAGUCUAUCGCUGGUAGGGUAAUUUUCUCAAAACCAAGUGAAAUGGCAAUAAGAGUGUCUGGACACUUCAAUAACAUGCCAUGUAAACAUAAAAAAUUGUGAUUUGGUUAAAACAAAAACAAACUUGUCCUUUAGUCCUAGACUAAAAAGCACUUUCAAUGGAGAAUCUCUGUUCAGCACAAUUUUUGGCACAGGACUAGGCUGAAUCGAUGUCCGUGAAACAGUACAUUUGUGUCCUGUGUUUGUCAGACACGGCCCUGUGGGUCUUAUCCAUGUGGAUGCUCAUGCCGACACAAGUGACGUGGUCCUGGGGGAGAAGAUUGGCCACGGGACGCCCUUCAGGCGCUGUGUGGAGGAGGGCCUGCUGGACUGCAAGAGGGUUGUCCAGAUAGGCCUGCGUGGGACAGGCUACUCACCUGAUGCCUAUGAGUGGAGCCGAGCACAGGUACUCACUUCACUGUGUGUAGAGGUUGUCCUCGCGUAGGGCGACACAAACAUUCACAAAAGUAAAAAAUAGGUCAAAUAAGAAACAUUAUAUAUUAUUAAUUUAUCUCUCAAUGGCGCUGAUUCCGACCUGAGUUAAGUGCGCGUAAAUGGAAAGUUUUUCUCUUUUUAUGCACUUGGUUCUCUGUGUAUUCUGACCUUGAGUUGAAGGUGUGGCAAGGGUGUGUCUACAGAUACACCGUAUUCUGACCUUGACUUAAUUCCCUAAUAAUUCCACCACCUUUACAUGCGAGGAAACCAUAAAUAAGGUCUAGCGAACCUACAAGUUCCAAGUGGAAAAAGCAAUCUACUUUUUUUAAAUCUAUAGAAAUAACAUUAUUCUCCAUGCACUGUAAUUUACAAUUUGAUAAGAGCUAUUGAUAAGAGCAAUUGGUAAGAGCUAGGUAAAUGAGUAAUCAUUUUGGAUAAGGGAAUUGUAAAUAUAAAUGACACUUGUUUUAGAUAUAUUUUACCUUAGAAUCACUGGAGACAAAUGUGAAACCAGUCUUAUGGCAGCAAACUGAAGCAUAUCAACAUCAACUUUCCCACAGUAAAGUUUAUGAAAUGCUGUUGUGAUGAGGUGGUGUGGAAGGAGUCAGGCGCAGGAGGGUAAAUCACAGAAACACAGGCUUUAAUCUGCAAAAAUACAGGUUUACGCAGAAAUGUGUCAAACACACUCCAGGGCACAAAACAGGCGCACUGGACAAUACAAGGUACACGGGAAAUCUCCCGUCGAUACAAAAUACACGCGCUCCACCGAGCUUCACUAACUUCCACAAAUAACAAUCACCCACACAGACAAAGAAGCAGAGGGAACACUUAUACAAUGACUAAUGAUGGAAUAAGGACCAGGUGUGUGUGAUUGAAGACAAGACGAAUGGCGUGAUGAUAAAUGGAUCGGCAGUAGCUAGUAAGCCAGUGACGCCGAACGCCGAAACCUGCCCGAACAAGGAGGGGAGGCAGCCUCAGCGGAAGUUGUGACAGUACCCCCCGACGCGCGGCUCCAGCAUCGCGCUGACCCCGGCCUCGGGGACGGCAAGGAGGAUGCGGAGCAGGGCGAUCCGGAUGGCGACGGUGGAAAUCCCGUAACAUGGAGGGAUCGAGGAUAUCCCUCACCCGGACCCAGCACCGUUCCUCCGGACCGUACCUCUCCCACUCCACGAGGUACUGAAGGCCCCCCACCCGACGCCUCGAAUCCAGGAUGGAACGGACAGAGUACGCCGGGGCUCCCUCGAUGUCCAGAGGAGGUGGAGGGACCUCCCGCACCUCAGACUCCUGGAGCGGGCCAGGUUCCACCGGCCUGAGGUGAGACAUAUGAAACGAGGGGUUAAUACGGUAAUAAGGGGAAGUAAUAUCCUAUAAGUGACCUCGUUGACUCUCCUCAGGACUUUGAACGGCCCCACAAACCGCGGGCUCAGCUUCCGGCAGGGCAGGCGGAGGGGCAGAUUCCGGGUCGAGAGCCAGACCCAGUCCCCCGGUACAAAGACGGGGGCCUCACUGCGGUGGCGGUCAGCGGUGGCCUUCUGACGGCGCAUUGGAGGUGAACGUGGGCAGCAUUUUACCCGUUCCACCUGCCCAUUACUCUCGGGGUGGAACCCAGAGGUCAGACUGACCGAGACCCCCAGACGUUCCAUGAACGCCUUCCAGACCUUGGACGUGAACUGGGGACCUCGGUCAGACACUAUAUCCUCUGGUACCCCGUAGUGCCGGAAGACGUGUGUAAACAGGGCCGUGGGGAGACCGGGCAGAGGAAGGAGGCGGCAGGACUUGGAGAAGCGGUCCACAACGACCAGGAUGGUGGUGUUACCUUGGGAGAGGGGAAGAUCAGUCAGAAAAUCAAUACUAAGAUGAGACCAUGGUCGUUGUGGAACUGAUAAUGGUUGUAGCUUACCCGCUGGGAGGUGCCUAAGUGCCUUACUCUGGGCGCACACCGAGCAGGAGGAGACGUACACCCUCACGUCCUUAGCCAAGGUAGGCCACCAGUACUUUCCGCUCAAGGAGCAUACUGUACGGCCGAUACCUGGGUGACCAGAGGAGGGUGACAUGUGUGCCCAGAAGAUUAGACGAUCACGGAUAAGAGCAGGUACGUACCGCAGCCCAGCUGGACACUGAGGUGGAGAUGGAUGUGUGUGUAAUGCCUGCUCGCUGCCCGGAUGUACUCCAGGUUACGGUGGUCCGUCCAGACGAGGAAAGGGUGUUUCGCCCCUUCGAGCCAAUGCCUCCACACGGUCAAGGCUCGGACAACAGCCAACAGCUCCCAAUCACCAACGUCGUAGUUCUGCUCCGCUGGGCUGAGCUUCUAAGAGAGCGUUGGGACAGGACUGCCCCUAUCCCUACCUCGGACGCAUCCACCUCCACUACGAACGGAAGUGAUGGAUCGGGGUGAGCCAGUACCGGGGCUGAGGUAAACAGACCCCUCAGUUUCCUGAAGGCCAGGUCAGACUCAGCAGACCAGCGGAGCCGGGACGGCCCACCCUUCAACAGAGAUGUAAUGGGAGCUGCGACCUAGCGCCUUACACUGGGGAACUACCAUGUGAAAGUAGAUAGGUAGGGUACAGUGCGCAACAGAGGGCUCUGAACAAGUGUGGGUGUUCGAUACCUGGGGUGAUGCGUGAGUGCCCUGCCUGCCGCCUCCAGGCCCAAAAGAACGUUGACUAUGACGUGUGAUGUACUGUCCCUUCGUGCCACCAGAGUGGCACUGUCGCUGUCCUCCUCCGCUCUCUCGGCUGGCGGUUCCACCCAGCUCCAUCCGCUCGGGAUCCGAGUCCUCCGGGGUGGAAACGGGCAGACCCCUACCAGGACGUCCUCUGGCUGCCAGCAGGUUGUCCAACCAAAUGGCCAUGUCCACCAAUUUAUUGAAGGACAACAUGGUGUCCCGGCAGGCUAGCUCCUGUCGGACGUCCUCCCGCAGAUGGCACCAGAAUUGGUCGAUCAGGGCCCGCUCGUUCCACCCGGACCCCACUGCCAGCGUCCGAAACUCCAAGGCGAAGUCCUGCGCGGUCCUCGUCCCCUGCCUCAGGUGGACCAGUCGCUCACCCGCCUCUCGACCCUUGGGCGGGUGAUCGAAAACCACCCGAAAGAGGCGAGCGAACUCCCUGUAGUCCUCCAACGCGGCUCCUCCUUCGUUCCACACUGCGUUGGACCACUCCAGGGCUUUCCCACAGAGGCAGGAAACGAGGACGGACACCUUCUCCCGCUCCGAUGGUUCCGGCCUGAUGCUGGCGAAGUAAAGCUCCAAUUGGAGGAGGAAUCCCUGGCACAGCGCUGCCGUCCCAUCAAAAGCCCGUGGUCGGGAUAUCUGGAUCCCUCCGGGUGCUGGGGUGUAGGUGGCUGGAUCCGGUUGGCCAGCUGGUCUUGACAGAUCGGGUUCUCUCCUCUCCAGGCGUUGGACUACCUGGACUCGCUUCCCCCAAGCUGGCCAGCAUCGUGGAAUGCUCCUGGACCCUUGCCACGACUCCAGGCAUGCGCUCAUCUCCCGCUGACUCCAUAGCGGGUGGGUGAUUCUGUGAUGAGGUGGUGUGGAAGAAGUCAGGCGCAGGAGGGUAAAUCACAGAAACACAGGCUUUAAUCCGCAAAAAUACAGGUUUACGCAGAAAUGCGUCAAACACACUCCAGGGCACAAAACAGGCGCACUUGAAAAUUCAAGGCACACAGGAAAUCUCCCGUCGAUACAAAAUACACGGGCUCCACCGAGCUUCACUAACCUCCACAAAUAACAAUCACCCACACAGACAAGGAAGCAGAGGGAACACUUAUACAAUGACUAAUGAGGGAAUAAGGACCAGGUGUGUGUGAUUGAAGACAAGACAAAUGGCGUGAUGAUAAAUGGAUCGGCAGUAGCUAGUAAGCCAGUGACGCCGAACACUGAAACCUGCCCGAACAAGGAGGGGAGGCAGCCUCAGCGGAAGUUGUGACAGUACCCCCCGACGCGCGGCUCCAGCAUCGCGCUGACCCCGGCCUCGGGGACGGCAAGGAGGAUGCGGAGCAGGGCGAUCCGGAUGGAAUAAAGACCAGGUGUGUGUGAUUGAAGACAAGACAAAUGGAGUGAUGAUAAAUAGCGGUCAAACAGGGAAAUGGUUAAAAUCGUUUUUCCACCAUUAAUUUGUCCCAUAGAGGAUUUUAGAAACACUUCAAAUAAGGGCUGUGUUUCGUGUAGGCUUACCCUGGCGUGAUAUUUUGGUAACCGUGUAAAUCUCUCUAGGACAAGGUGACUUUUAUCAAUAUAUUCGCCUGUAUUUACCCCCCCCCAAAAUGAAACGCUAAUUAGCUGCUAAUGUGGCUAUCAUAAAGAAUGACAAAUGCCAUGAUGAUCUGGACAAGACUGCCGAAUUGAGGCAAAGGUAAAAAUCUCUGGAUUAACUAUCUAAUGUUUGCAACAUUUUGUAAUUAAUACAUUGGCUACAUUUCUUUCAAUGGACAAUGCUGUGAACUGUCUUGUGCAAGUUUUAAAUUGACACAAUACCUGUUAGCAAAGAUGUCAGCUAGCGAUGACGUGCAGGAGCUUGCAGGGAUUUGUAGUCUUGCAUGACAUCUACUUUGAUGCCGUUUAGCAUUUUUGAAUCUGAGAGUAAAUAGAGCCGCAUAUAUUGAUAAAAGUCACCUUGCCAAGAGAGAUUUAUAUGGUUAUCAAAACGUCACACCAGGGUAAGCCUACACAAAACACAGGCCGUAUUUUAAGUGUUUCUAAAAAUCCCCUAUGGAAAAAAUGAAUGGUGGAAAAACGAUUAGAACCAUUUCCCUAUUUGGCAGCUAGGUUUUAUCGGUAUUAUGACACCUCCACUGUGGGGCUCAAUAAGUAACAGUUGAUAAUAUAAAACAUAAAUUUAAAAAAGACAUGUAGACUAAUUAAACCCGUUCUCUCAAUGUGUUCUAGUCUGUCGACAAAAUUCUAAUUAAAGGUACACCGUAUUUAAAGGGAUGGCUUAAGAUAAAUGUACUGAAAACACUAUUGAAUGAAAACCACAAGAAAAUCUGUUCGCCAGCAAGUGGGAGGGUUUUCAGUGGUUGAAUUAUAUUUAUUCAGUGUGCAAGGGAACCACGCCUGCACCUUCAUAAGGUAAGUCUGAAUACCAACUACUGAGAAGUGCGUAGGAAAGGCAUACAUUCCUAAGUGGGAAUCGUGCCCUAAGUGUGUAUGUGUUCUCUCUGUGUGUGUGCUCUGUAGGGAUUCCGUGUAGUUCAGGUGGAGGAGUGUUGGUUCAAGUCCCUGGCUCCUCUCAUGGCUGUGGUUAGGACUCAGAUGGGGACGGGUCCAGUCUACCUCAGCUUUGAUAUCGAUGCUUUAGACCCAGCCUUCGCCCCUGGUACAGGCACACCAGAGAUAGCAGGUCUCACACCGAUACAAGUAAGGAAAUACCUUUGUUUUUGUCGUUUUACAGACAUUUGGUAGAAUAUUUAGUUGUUACUGUGUUAUAAUACAGAUAUUAGAUGGAGGCAGCUGCUGACAGAGAGGGCAGUGUUAUGUUUUCCUCUUUGUGUGUGUGACACCCAGGGACUAGAAAUCAUCCGGGGCUGCCGUGGCCUAAACCUGGUGGGGUGUGAUUUAGUGGAGGUGUCUCCACCCUAUGACACCACAGGUACUGUACUUAGCACUCUUGUGUCACAUUGAAUAAUCUGUUUUACUUUUAGCAUCAUUUCAACAACAAAAAAAUUAUGUUUUUGCAGGCAAUACAGCACUGACUGCCGCCAACCUGCUCUUUGAAAUGAUGUGUGUCCUUCCAAAGACAAAAUAUUAUGACUAAUUAUGUGAUGUGGUUAUGCACAUUCUUAAUCGAAAGGAUAGCACUUAUACUGAACUUAUUCAACAUGUAAUCAAAGGUUAAUCACCCGGUGUGACCAUAUCACACCAAACAAGGACUGAUAAAACAGAAAAAUACAAAUUAAUAGAAUGUCUCUGUAACAUAUGAACAUAAAGCCUUUAUUACACACAGCAAGGGGAUAUGCACUGCAGCAGAACCUCUAAGACAUCUGCAAAUCAGAUUAAUUUAUUUUGUAGACAUUGUACCAGGGUUAUUAGUAUAGUAAUUUUGUAACAAAAACAUGUUUAUAAUCGAAUAAACAACAGUAUUGAUGAAUGUUAUGACCACAUUAUUAUAAUAAAUGCAUGUAAAAACAACUCAUUUUAUAUAUACUGUAUUACAGUAUGAUGUUAAUAUAUGUACAGAUAACAAGGUAGAAUAUGUACAGCAUUUACAUUUCCAAAUAUAACUACAUUAUUGUCUUGACGACAAUAUUAGAGUUUAAUGCUUAUAAAUUGGGUUAAGCACAAUUAAGUUGUUUUUUUACUUUGCAUUUGCUCUGCCCUUAUCUAUUCCAAAAUAGAUGUCACAUGAAAUGUUGUCUGUUCUCCAACAUGCACUAUAUCAUUGCUAUAUACAUUUUAGUCAUUUAGCAG